AUGGCUACUGGCACUAGCUGCUCAUGCUCCUGGCCUACCAGAAUAGCUCCCACUGAUGUGAGACCAGCCCGCUUGGCGGUUCAUUCCGCAUUCUCAUCGUCGCCAGACCCAACAGAUUCCAAAUGGCUUCGCUGCGUUCAUCGCAUCAGCUCAGCAGCCACACUCUCUGGCGUGAAUCAAGCAUCAACCACCAGAUCUGGCGGCGGGAUGGCGCUCGGCUGGCACCAGCCCUCGCCCAGACACUGCCAAGCAAGGAUCAAUAACGCCUCUGAGCUCAUGGGAUCGGCGGUCCUGCAUGCGGGCAAGCUCUGGAAUUCUUCGGCCUGA